GUCAUUUCGACUGGGGUACUGAGACUGCCAUAAAGAAAAAUGAAUCGUGACGAAGUUUCUCUGAAUGGACUGACGAAGGCGCAAAAGCAGCGCGUCGAAAUUGCGCGGAGCUAUUUUGAAUCGAGGAAGGCUAAAACGAGGACUGCGAAGCAGGAUAUCUUAGAACGACACAAAGAGCUGAAAUUGAUUCUAGACAACGAGCAUCUGACGGAAGAGGAGCGAAACGCGAAGAUCAACGCGUUUAAGCGCGAAGAAAACAUGCGUCUGCGAUCCCACCGCCGCAAGAUGAAGCUCUCCGAUUUUGAGAUGCUGAAAACCAUCGGGCGUGGAGCAUUCGGCGAAGUGCGGCUGGUGAAGUUCAAGGAGACGGGCGAAGUAUUCGCGAUGAAGAUAAUGCUGAAAGAAAGCCUGGUGGACAAAAACCAGGUGGAGCACAUUCGCGCAGAGCGAGACGUUAUGACGCUGGCUGACAAGCAAUGGAUCGUUACACUUUAUUACACCUUUCAAGACGACGAGAAUCUCUACAUGAUCGAGGAAUACUGUAGCGGAGGCGACAUGAUGGGUCUGCUUAUUCGCAAGGACAUUUUCUCGGAAGCUGCCACGAAGUUUUUCAUUUGCGAAAUGAUCCUGGGGAUCAAUUCGCUUCACAAAAUCGGGUACAUCCACCGCGAUCUCAAGCCCGACAACUUUUUACUCACUUCCACAGGCCAUGUGAAACUCACCGAUAUGGGACUUUGCAAGAAACUCGACGGCACAAUCCACCUCUCCCGACAAUCCACUCUCCACAAAUCGUCGGCCGAACUCCUGAAGGAGGAGGACUUCACAGCCACGAUAGGCACGCACCGAUCGCGGGAACUGGCCUACUCCACCGUCGGAACGGCCGACUAUGUGGCGCCCGAGGUGUUCGAGGAGAGCGGAUACGGGAAAGAAGCGGACUGGUGGUCGCUGGGCGUGAUCAUGUUCGAGAUGUUGGCGGGCUAUCCGCCCUUCUACGCGGAGGAUCCGCCCGAUACAUGUCGAAAAAUCCGCCAAUGGCGGAAAGUCUUCCGCAUCCCGGACCAGAUGCGACGUCGCUGCACGCCGGAGUGCAUCGAUUUCGUGGAGAAGUUCGCGUGCAUCCGCUACGUCACCUGUAGACUCGUCACCGCCGCCGAAGAGCGAAUGGGUCGGCAUGGAGUGAGCGAGAUCAUGGCGCAUCCCUGGCUGCGAGACGUGGACUGGGAUCACUUGCUCGAGCAGCCGGCUCCCUACCUGCCGGAGCGGUCGCGCGAGCUGGAUUCGCUGCUGCGACGAAUCGAAGUGACACCGUCGACAGCACCCGAGUUCCCGCAGCUGGUGAAGAUGCUGGCUGCGAACUUUGACGACUUCCCGGAGCGUCCAGUGGACAGUAGGAGAAGGGGAACACGGGAUGAUUGGCAGAUCGCAAUUACGCGGGACAGAAGCUGUUUAACAGCCGGAAGGGCGUGACGGAGUUUAUCGGAUACACGUUUAAGAGGAACGUGAACGGGGAAGAGCCGCAGAGAACGUCGAUGGUACUAGAUCCAAUCAACGAAAAGGACUUUAUGAACAAGUAGUUUUUGCUUGUGAUACUUGCCUUGUAUUUGUCCUGUGCUGAU